GUGCUCACUGCCUGGUACUUGCUGAAUUACAGUAGCGACACCAAACAGCCAUUUCUAGAUAUAAAAUAGCGACACAAUCGUGUCGUGCGUUGAUAUGAAAUAAUACAGCAGGUUAUCUGUUUCCAGUUAGAUAUUUUCAAUAAUAUUGACUUUUGCACCGGGCCCCGUAAACCCAAAGGACACCUCUGUACAAAAUCAACUGUUCCGUACUCCAUUCUAUUAAUUCAUGAAAUUCAUGAAAUAUCUAAAUGCACUAACCAUCUUUCAUACACCGUUCCUCGAGCAGACCGCCUUCCAUCACGGCGUGUUCUCGGCUGCUUUCAAAAUCGAUAUGUAAAUCGGUGUUGCACGGAUGAAAUGGUAUGCAGAGAACCUCUGACAUCGGACUUUGAAAUACCAACAAGCAGUCGUUAAAUAAAUAACGUGGGAAAUACGAGUUGUGACUGAGUGGCACGCGUCGAAGGUGGACAAUUCGAUAGAUCAUAGCUUCUAUGGGAUAUAACAUCGCGAACUGGGAAAUGAUACGUACGAGGGAGGAAUUGGCGGAGAAAUUGGGCCUAGAAGGCGCGGAUGACACUCAUACAUUGUUGAACAAUAUGGUAGACGUCAGAGCAUGCUACAAGCCAAGCGGAAAAUCUUGGUUCCGUGGUGUUCGAAGUAGUAAAUUUCGCCACGUGUACGGGGUACCAGCAAAGAGGGAGAAAUGCUACGACAAUAUCAAAAUUACGAAGAAUGCCCAUGAUUCGCAAUUCUGCGCCGUGAAUCCAAAGUUCCUCGCUGUGGUGACGGAAGUAGCUGGCGGAGGAGCGUUUCUGGUUUUACCGCUCGAUCGCACCGGAAGACUGGAUUUUAAUGCAAGCAGAGUGACUGGACAUACCGGACCAGUUCUGGAUAUCAAGUGGAAUCCGUUCAACGAUAACAUCAUCGCUUCCUGCUCCGAUGAUUGCACCAUAAAACUGUGGCACAUUCCUGACGGUGGAUUAUCGCGAAAUUUGACCGAAUGGCUGGUGGAAUUGCAAGGACACAAACGUCGUGUCGCUUACAUCGAAUGGCAUCCGGUGGCCGAGAACGUACUGUUCAGCGCGGGCUUUGAUCAUCUCGUUAUCGCGUGGGAUAUAAAUAGAGGAGAGGCCGUCAGCGUGAUCGACAGGCAUCCCGAUGUGAUCUACAGCAUAUCUUUGAAUCGCGAUGGCAGCUUGUUAGCGACCACUUGCAAGGAUAAGAAAUUGAGGGUCUUCGAGCCAAGAUCCGGUAUCGUGGUCUCUGAAGGAGUUUGUCAUGCCGGGACAAAAGCUAGCAAAGUGGUUUUCCUUGGCAGUUCGGGACGUCUUCUCACCACGGGCUUCAGCCGCCACUCGGAUCGACAGUACGCCAUUUGGAGCCAACACGAUCUCACCGUUCCAUUGACGUGCGAGACCAUAGAUUCUUCAAGCGGAGUCGUUUUUCCGUAUUAUGAUAACGACACUAAUAUGGUGUACCUGGCCGGCAAGGGUGAUGGUAACAUCCGCUACUAUGAGAUAGUGAAUGAGGCUCCUUGGGUCCAUUAUCUCAGCCAAUUCAUUUCCGGCAAUCCACAAAGAGGACUGGGUGUAAUGCCAAAAAGAGGCGUAAACACUUCCAUAUGCGAGGUGUUUAGAUUUUAUAAAUUGCACGCCACCCGUGGAAUGUGCGAACCGAUUUCAAUGAUAGUACCUCGAAAGAGCGACCAGUUCCAAGAGGACCUGUAUCCUGACACUAUCGGUACCUGUCCCGCUCUAUCAGCCAGAGACUGGAUCAGUGGCAUGAAUAGUCCACCGAUUUUAAUUUCUCUGAAAACCGGUGGCAGCAUUACCACGCACAAGCCACGCGUUUACAAACCGCCGCAACUUCCCCCUACAACCGACUUGAACAACAAAAAGAAAUUCGCAUUCCUGUCUACUGAAACUGUGCCAGACUACAGGCCAAUCGAGUUUCAUGAUAUGUCGGAGAAAAGUCAAAAAACGUCUAGCAAUCAGAGCACCAAGUUUCAACAGCUGCAACAAAAAUUUGGCAGCGCUGUGUUGCAGAAGAAUAUCAUUUCCACGACGCUGAACGAUAACAAGGUUUUGGAGACCGUAGACAUUCCUAACAACGAGGCCGAGCUCAGAUUGGCGUUCGCUCGUCAAACCGAUGAAUUAAGACUGGUCCGACGACAAUUAGCUAACAGUCAAUUACGCGUGAAAGAGCUAGAAGAACAAAUUCGCAAGCUUCAGCGUCAGUAAAUCCCCUAAUCUCGUUUGUUUCGAACAAAUUCUUAAUAGCUUUAUCGCCAAAAGCAUGGUACUUAAAAAACAUUUAUCGUACAUCGUUUACCACCGCUACAAUAUUUAAACUUUCGCAAAUUUUCACAAAAAAGAAAAGAAAUAAAAAGAGAAAAGUGGUGCAGGAGAUUUUAAAGCGGUUCGAAUUUAUGCUAAUUGAUUACAUUUCUUGAAUGUAUCUUGUGAAAGUACGAUUGGAUACAUUUUUAUAAUAUAUCUCGUCUCUCUACAAUUUAUAUCUUUUCUCUGCUACCUUCGUGUGAAAAAAAUGCAGCAAUGAAGCAACAAUAAUUUAGUCAAUUUUUUUAGACAUCGUUCUAUAUAGAGAAUUUGAAGAUAGAAAAAGAACAAACGAAUAAUUGUGAUCUACACGAUUGCCUUCACUGUACAGACGAGUUUUUGUCUAUAUAUAUCAAAUGUUGAUACCUCUUCGCAGUUUUUAACACUCUACUUUUCUUUAUAUUUAUUAGACUUGAAAAUUUGAAAUUUGUAUUAUGAAACUUUAAAAAAUUAUAUUACAAAGCUUAAUAAAUUCAUUUAAAUUAUGUCAGGUACCAUAAAUUUUGUCAGAGUAUAAUUACUGACUGAAAGGGUUAAACAAUACUUGUAUUUGUAUUAAUUACCAUAACGAAGAAGAAAGAUCAACUUGAUAUAAAGAUAUAAAACUUCGAUGAAGUAUUAAAAUGUGUACACGAAAAAUUGUACCUGUCUGUUGCAUAUGCACGUUUACCAUAUGCAAUUCGUUCUACAACAGAAUUGUCGUAUAUAGUAACGCUAGGUAUGAAUGCAGAUUAUAUGAGAAUUGCGUACGCAAUGAAACAUCAUGCGAGAAUACAAGAAAAAGCACAAAAUAUAACGACGAAUAAUACAAUACAUACAAUACCUUACAAUAAUUGAGAUUCAUCGUUUAAUAAUAGCAACUGUACGUGGUUGCAAAGAAAAAAAUCAUUCGAAGCAAUGAUUCUCGACGCAUUUUUGUAAUAUUUUGUUACGUUAAUUUUCUUCGAGAUGAAUUUAUUGAUUAACGAAUAUUUAUAAUUCUAUUUAUUAUUCAAUUCACACGAGUUAAUUAUUCACCUUUGAUGUUAAUAUUAUGAAUUUUGUCGAUAUGUGUACAUUAAUUUACGCGUUAAUUUAAAAAGCUAGUGUUGUGUUCUGUUCAAUGUUCAGUUAUGUGCAACGAUGUCCUUACGCUCAAUUCCAUAGGAGUUUAAUAAAUUUAUUAAAAAAAAAUAUCCAAAAAAUGUGAGAAAACGUAAUAUGAUGACAAGCUUUUCUGUUGAUGGAAAGCGACCUCUUCUUCUCUACAAUGUCUCUUUUCUCUGAGCAUCGUUGCACGCAGCUGUACAUCUCGCUUUCAUAUGUAUAUAUAUAUAAUUAUACAUACGGUAGUAAACUUAACCUGUCAACUACAUAUAUGUAUGUAUAUAUAUAUAAAUUAUUUUAUCGUCGAGUGUAUUGAUCACUGCCAACACCCACUGCCAUGGUAGAAGAAGGCAAUAUCUAAUUUUCUAACUGAACCCAUGGCAGUGAUGAUGUUCAAUUAUAUACUGUAAUUAGUUUGAACAUGUUAGGCUGACAGUUUUUUUUUGGUAUAAUUAAAAGAGAGCGUUAUAAAUGUGCAUAUUUAGCGCUAAAAAACAAUAUACAAAGCAACUGAACCGUGGGUGAUAUGCAUCUUAUGAUCAUAUAGUUGAAAUAUUCUACAGAAAAAGAUAUGCAAUAUUCGAUUCUAUUUAAUAAACACUGAUAUCUAUGUGUGUCAAAAUACUCUACAUUACUAGGGCCAAGAAACGGGAAAGGUUAUUAGUCACAGGAUACUUUAGUGCUGCUUGAUAGUGUUUAACAAACUUAAUGGUUUAUACACAUAUAAAUAUAUGUAUUUUUUCAUACGGUAUAGAUGUACAUACAUACAUAGUUGAAAUUCUCGAGCAACAGGUAUAAAAUUCGAGUUAAAAAAUGCUUGUGUUCAACGCGCAUCAAUCGAUCAUUAUAUAAAAAAAUGAGAUAACAAAAUAGAAGGUGUAAUCUUCUUAAAUAUUGAUACUCGAGUGAACUAUUGAUACUCAAAUUUCAUCGAAUUGCUUGAAGCCUGAUGGAAGUGUCUUUCUAAGAGUAUAUCGCAUACUGUGUUGCCUUCAACAUUUAACACAGAUGUUACUGAUAGAAAAAUCAUUGAUAAAUUGAUAGACUAUAAUACAUAUUGUAUAAGCUUACUCCGGACCUAUUAUACUUUUGCCCCCAAACACUGAAGCAAAUGUAUAAAAAUACUAUAUAAAACCAGUAUAAAUGAUUUUCUUUGUUUCCUAAUAUAAACAAAUAAGCACAGAAAGAUUUUCAAGAAAAUUUUUGUAAACAUAUGUAUGUAGGUCUGGACCAGUCUUUAGAAGUUAAAUAUUGCAAUAAUAUUAUUAAUCUAAUUGCUCGACGUUAAUCUGUGUGUGUAUUUUUCUUUGUUUCACACCGUCGAAUUUUGGUGCAAUAAAGCUGGCGUAAAGGGUGUCCAAUUUUCAUCAACUGACAAUUCCUUAAUCAGCGAACAAUUUUUUUCUUUUUAUUCUGUGUAAUUUUGUUUUAACGAUAAAUAUUGUUAUGAUAGCGUAUAUCGUAUAAAAAAGAAAAGGAAAAUCCUAUUUAUCCUAUGCAUUGUUCAUAUAAACGGACAUACCAAAGAGCGUUAACGUACGUACACGUAUGUACCUUUCUACGAAUGGUCAUCAAACAAAUUAUCAAUAAUUGAUCGACCAUCGUGUUAUAUUUAUAUGCUGAGAAGAUGUCUGUAAGACGAAUGGAGGAUCUCGUUCGUAAAUAAAGAACAAAGUAUUCGAUUGUA